UACUUUUAAAUGCGACAACCACGGUCCUUGGUACAUAAUAUUUCUACAUAGUAUAUUGUGAAUAUGAAUUAUUUACAGGAAAAAUAUUUUUAUAUUUGCUUACUAGCUUAACAGUUAAAAUCUUUGUGUAUUUGUACACAAUCAAACUGCUCUCACGACUGUUCAGACGCGUGCAAACAACUCAAAAAACAAAUAUGCGGGUUACUGUUCUAAUGAAAUCAUUCUUUUAUAUUUCUAUCGUAUCGAUUUUGUUACUUGUGUAUAAAUUUUUAGUAGAUUUGAAAUAUGCUUAUAAUAAUAAAUCAGUGAUGGAAUCAAAGUAUUCCAACGAUUUUAUAUAUUUUUUGAGAAAUGAAAAUAAUAAUGUGUCGAAUUUAAAAUAUAUCUUACAAUGGACUUCACCGAGAAAUGUACCUUUUGUUUACAUGGGCGAAGGUCAAGAAGGUUUUAUAUCCAGGAACUGUUCCUAUACAAACUGUUUUGUGACAAGCAACAGAACAUAUCUCGGUGAUUAUACAAAGUUUGAUGUUAUAGCAUUUGCUGGUCCUGAAGUGAGAUUCAUGCAAACUCCUGGUUACCCCGAUCGACUCCCAGAAAAAAGGUCACAGCAUCAGCGAUAUGUAUUCGCUAGUAUCGAGUCAGCUGAGAACUAUCCUGUGUGUUCAGAUAAAUUUAACGGGUUCUUUAAUUGGACGUGGACCUACAGAUUAGAGUCUGAAGCAAAAUGGGGAUACAUUGUGAUACGCGAUGCACAAAAUAAUAUAAUAGGUCCAAAAACCAAUAUGAAUUGGUUAAAAACAGAUCAAAUGGAUGUGGUGGGUGAUGAUAUCAAAGAGAAGUUAAGAAAAAAAACUAAAGCAGUUGCUUGGUUUGUUUCCAAUUGUGUUUCUAGAAGUCGACGUGAGAAAUUUGCGAGUGUGUUAGGUAUUUGGUUAGCAAAAUAUGAUCUAGAAAUAGAUAUAUACGGUGAAUGCGGAAACUUGAAAUGUUCUCGUGAUAAUGAAGAAGAGUGCGAUAAAAUGAUUGAAAGAGACUACUAUUUUUAUCUUUCUUUCGAGAACUCGUUUGCUGAGGAUUAUGUGACGGAAAAAUUAUUGCAUCCACUAAAAUACUUGGCGGUGCCUAUUGUAUAUGGCGGUGCAAAUUAUUCAAGAUUCAUGCCGGAAAAUAUUUACUUAGAUGCAAGAGAACUGGGACCACAGAAGUUGGCAAACAAAAUAAAUGAACUUAUUGAAAAUCCAGAUUUGUACGCUGAAUAUUUCAGGUGGAAAAAAUAUUACUCUUAUCACAGAAGAUCAGAAAAUAUUGAAACAGAUGAUUACUGUGGCUUUUGUUCAUUGUUAAAUGAUGAAAAAUUUGUUAAGAAAACUUCUGUUUAUGAGGACUUUAGGAAGUGGUGGGAUCCACCUUAUCGUUGUUAAAAUUGAUUUUUUAUAUUGGUAAAUUGUUUAUAUCAUAGAAGUACAAAUAGUUUUUAUAUGUUUUCAAUUUUAAAGAUCAAACCAAAGAAGAAUUAGUGCUAACGAGUUGUUUAAUUUUACGUUAAAAUAAGAGAAAACCUUAAUAAAUUGUUAAAUUAUA